CAGACAACAGACCCAGAACACCAGCAGACCACAGACAGCCCCCAGACAGACAGACAGACCAGAACAGCGAGCCAGACCACAGCACAGAACCAGCCAGCAGCAGAUCCAGAAGCAGACCCAGCAGACAGAAGCCCAGACCGCAGCCAGCACCAGACCCAGCAGAAAACAGACAAACACAAAAGACAGCAGACCCCAGACAGCACCCAGAGACAGACCAACAGACCACCCCAGACAGACCAGCCAGCCAGCAGACAGCCCAGCAGACAAACCCAGCACAGCAGCCAGACAAGCAGCACCAGACAGAACAGAGCAAGAACCACAGAAGCAGACAAAGACAGCAGAAACAGAACCCGAGCAGAACAGCCAGACCAGCCACAGAACCAGACCCAGAGCCCAGACCAGACCAACAGACAGAGAACAACCAGACAGACCAGAACCAGCAGACACAGACAGCCAGACAGACCAGACAGAACGCCGCAGACAGACCAGCCCCAGAACAGACCACCAGCAGCCAGAACAGAGCCCAGACCAGACACAGACAGGACAGAAGACCAGCAGACACCAGCAGACAGACCCAAAGCACCAGACCAGCAGACCAGACAGCCCACCAGAACAGAGACAGACCCCAGACAGCCACCAGAACCAGAACAGCCCCAGCAGACAGCAAGAACACCCACCCAGAUCCAGCCCAGAACGAGACCCAGCAGUCAGAAGCAGCCAGACAGGACCACAGAACAGCAGCAGAACGCACCAGACCAGACGACACCAGAGAAACAGACCAGCAGACACAGACAACCAGCAGCAACAAGACAGACCCGCCAGAACCCCAGACACAGACCAGAAACCAGACCCAACAGACAGACAGACAGACCAGAGACAGAGCCAACAGACCCCAGAAGCAGACCAGCAAGACCAGCAGCCAGAACCAGGACCAAGCAGAAAGAACAGCAGCAACACACAGACCAGAACCAGCAGCCCGUGGCAGGCCAGACAGAAAACCACCCAGACAGAACAGACCCCAGCCAGGCAGACCCAGAAACCAGACAGCAGCCCAGCAGAACAGACAGACCAGCAGCAGCAGGAACAGCCAGACCAGCAACCCCAAGCAGAGACAGACAGAAGACAGAAACCAGAAACAGACACCAGCCAAACCCAAGCAGCCGACAACAGCAGCAGCCAGAACAGCCAGACACAGACCAGACCAGCAACAGCAGCCCAGAAACAGAACCAGCAAAACCAACCAGAACAACAAAACCACAGCCAAGACAACGGGUGCACAGCACAGCCAGAAACCCCAGCCAGACAGCCAGCCCGACCAGAAGACAGAACCCAGACAGCAACCAGACAGCAGACACCACAGCACAGCCAGCCAGCAGACAGAAAACAGAGCAGCCCACAGACAGACCAGCCCCAAAACAGAACCCAGACCACAGAACCACAGCACAGACAGAGACAGAACCAGAACAGAAGCAGAAACGACAGAACCCAGAAGCAGAAGCCAGAAACCAGACAGACAGGCAGAACCGCACCAGCAGACAGACCCAGACAGAACAGACCAGACCAAAAACCCAGCAGACCCAGCAGAACCAGACAGACGCAGAAUCAACGCACAACAGCACCCAGAACAGACACCAGCAAGCAGACAGACACAGACCAGAACAGACCAGACACCGACCAGCACCAGACAACAGACAGAACAGCACCCCCAGCACAGAACGAAGAAACACAGACAGACCAGACAGCAAGCAGACACAGACCAGCCGGGCCAAGACAGCAGCAACCAGAAGCAAAGCAGACAGCAGAAAGACCAGACAGAGAAGAGCCAGACACCGCCAAGACCAGGCAGAAGCAGACCAGACAAGAGCCACAGACAGCCAGACAGACAGCAGACAGCACCAGCAGACAACAACCACCAGACCCAGACCAGAAAGCCACCAGACCCAGCCAGACAAGACCACAGACAGACAGAAGCCCAGAAACCCAGAAACAGAACAGACCACCAAGACCCAAACAGAACACAGACCAGAGACCACAGAACCAGACCCACAAGAACAGAAACAGCGCCAACAGCAAGACCAGAACAGCCCGAACAGACAGCCAGCAACCAGACAGAACACAGAACAGACCAGCAGACCCAGCACCCAGCAGCCAGAACACAGACAGCCAGCACAGAACCCAGACAGAAAGCCAGAAGACCACAGCACAGACCCCAGCCCAGACCCAAGCAGAACGAGAGCAGACCAAGAACAGACCACAGACAGCCCAGAGAACAGACCAGCCACAAAGACCCACCAGACCAACAGACCAGGAACAGACAACCAGAAGCAACAACCAGACAGAAACAGACAGAAACCCAGCCCAGACCAAACCCCAGAGCAGAAACCACAACAGCAACCAGAACAGCAAGCCCACCAGCACCAGCACAACCGCAGACACCCAACAACCAGACCACACAGAACCAGCCAGACAGACAGCACAGCAGAACCACCAGAAGCAGAGACAGACCAGACCGGAACCAAAGCAGCAGAGAACCAGACCACCAGACCACAGACAACGCAAGACAGACCCAGACCCACCAGACCAGACCCAGAAGCCACAGCAGACCACCCAAAAGCAGACACACCCAGGACACACAGAACCAGAAGCAACGACAGCCAGCAGCCAGACCACAGACAAGACCCAGACAACCCACGGGACAGCCCAGACAGAAGACAGAACCCCAGACCACAGACAGCCCCCCGCAGCAGACCCCGACAGACAGGCCAACCAGCACAACCCAGCAGAACAGAACGCCCACACCAGCCAACCACCCCCAGCAGACAGAACCCGCCGACACCAGACCAGACGCAGCCAGCAGAAGACCAGACAGACACACCAGACAGCAACCCACCCAGCAGCAGCAGAAAACAGCCAGAGCCAGACAGCACGCACAGAACAGCAGAAGCAACAGCAGAAGACAACCCAACAGCAGGACAGAACACAGCCAGCAAGCCCCAGAACACAGACCCCAGACAAACCAGAACAGACCAGACAGAAAAACAGCACCAGAAGCAACCCACCAGCACCCAGACCCAGACCACCAGCACACCCAGAACGCCAGACCAGCCCGCGCAGCAGCCAGAACAGCAACCCAGCCAGAACCAGAACAGACCAGACGACCACAAGAAACCCCCCAGACAGACCCCCAGCGCAGCACAACCAGCACAAAAGCCCAGACAGCCACCAGCAGACCCACACCCAGAACAGACAGCACCACAGACACAGCCAGCAAACACACAGACCGACCCAAGACAGACCAGAACCAAAACAGCAGAACACACAGAACGGGAACACACCCAGAACACCAGACAGAACCAACAGCCAGAACAGACAGCAGAACCACCCAGAAGCACCAGAACGACAGCAGAACAAAACCAGCCCAGCAGACAGACAAGCCAACCCAGCAGACAGAACCAAGCCCCAGCAGCAGCCAGCACAGAACCGAGAACACAGAACAGAACAGACCAGACAGAACCCAGACAGACCCCAGACAACCCAACCAGCCCCACCAGACAGCAGCACCCAGAACCAGAAGCAGCCAGAACAGACACAGCCAGACAGACAGCCCCAGCAGACACCAGACACACACAAAACCCCAGACAACCAGCCCCCCAGCAGACAGAAAGGACCAACACAGCCCAGCCAGCAGAACAGCCAAGAACAAGACACCAAGCAACCAGACCAGAAAGCCAGAACAGCCAGACAAGCACCCAGCAGAACCAGCCCCAGCAAGACAGAGAAGACCCCGAACAGCACAGACCCCCAGAGAACAGCAGCAGACCAGACACCACAAGACAAACCAGACCAAGACCAGACAGCCCCCAGCCGAACAGAGCCAGAACCAGCAGACAGACAAACAGACACCCCAGAACAGACCAGAGACCAGCCCACAGAACAGACACCAGCCCAGCAGACCACAGAAGCCCCCAGCAGCAGAAGCCAGCAGACCCCAGACAACACAGCACAAACAGACAGCACAGACCAGAAAGCAGAACCAGACAGAACAGACAGACCCAACACCACCCAGACAGAAGCCCAGAGAAGACCAGACACCCCAACCAGAGACAGCACGCAAGACGAGACAGACCAGCAGAACCCAGCACAACAGACCAGACCCCGCCAGACCAGACCAAGAACAGCCAGCCGACAAAACCAGACCAGAACAGACCCCGCCAGAGCAGACAGCACCCAAGACAGCAGCCACCCAGACAGACCCAGAAACACAAAAGCAGACAGAGACCAGCAAACAGAACGCCAGACAGACAGACAGAACCCCCGCAGCAGAAGAACAGCAGCAAACCCAGAACAGCCAGCAGACCAGGACCCCAGAAGAGACAGACCAGAACAGAACCCCAGCCACACCAAGAAAACAGCACCAGCACAGAAACAGACACCAGCCAGACCAGCCACCAGACCCACCCAGACCCAGACAGCCAGACCCCAGAACCACCAGAACAGCCAGCAGACAGCAGAAGCACCAAGCACAACCAGACAAGAAAGCAGAGCCCAGCCCAGAACCAGCAGACCAGACAGACGAAAACAGAAACCAGAAGAACCCACAAGCCCAGCAAGACACCCAGCAGAACAACCAGACAGCAGCCCCAAGCAGAAACAGAAACCAGAACAGCAAACAGAACCAGGACCCAGAGAACAGCAGACCCCCCCCAGACGACCAAGCCCAGACCACAGACACCCGACAGACCAGAGCAGACAGACAGACAGACACAGAACCAGACACCACCCACAGACAAGCCCAACACCCAGAACAAAACCCAAAAAAACCCCACCAGCAGAACCCCCAGACCAGACCACAGCACAGAAGACCAGCAGAAACAAAGAAAACAGAAACCACCCCAGAAAGGCAGCGCCUUUUCAGACAGCCCGCCAGACAAAAAAGCAGACCCCAGACGCCGCAGCCCCCCCAGAACCCGGGGAAACCCAGACCCAAACCCAGCCCCAGAAAACCGACAACCAACCAGAACAGCCAAACCACAGACGAAACAAACCCAGCGGCCAGAAACCAGAAACAGAACAGACAGCAACCCACAGAACAAAGCAGCCAACCAGCCACCAGAAGACCCAACAGAAAAACCAGAACCCAGCACAGACAGCCCAGACGCAGACCAGACAGAAGCCAGCCAGCCAGACCCCCCAGACAAACAGACCAGACCAGCCAGACAGACCACCCAGACCAACCACCCCCAAAACCCAGACCAAACCCCCCAAAACAGAAAAGGGGCCAGCAGAAAAACCAGACCAGAACACCCCAGACAGACAACAGCCACCACAGACCCAGCCCCAGCAGAACACCAGACCACCAAAACAGAAACCCCCACAGCAACCCAGCCCAGAACAGAAACAGCCAGCCCCCAGAACACCCCAGAAACAGAACAACCCCAGAGAAGGCAGAAGAAAAGACCACCAGCCAAGACAGACCCCACAGACCACCCAGCCCAGACAGAGACCAGACCACAGACAGACACCCAGACACCCCAGCAGAGACCAGAACCAGACAGACCACCCCGAACAAGAAAGCAGCAGAAGACCCCCAGCCAGAACCAGCCACCAACCAGACAGCCCCCCAGCAGACCAAGACAGAAGCCAGACAGACAGCCACAGACCAGCAGACCGCCAGCAGACAGACCAGAGACAGCAGAACAGCACAGAAACAGCACCACAGCAGACCAGCAGACAGCCAAGAACAGACCCAGAAGCAGACCACAGAACCACCCACAGACCCCAGCCCAGAGACAGAACCAGACAGACAGACCCAGCAGAAGCCCAAGCGCCAGCAGCCACAGAACCAGCAGCCACAGACCAGAAAGCACCCAGCCCACAGACCAGAACCAGAAGCAGCAGCAGCAGCCCCAGCAGACCAGACCACCGACCAGCCCAGACAGCCCAGAACCAGAAGCCAGACCACCAGAAAGCCACAGACAGCACAAAAACCCAGCAGACACCCAGACAAAACCAGAAGAAGAUCAGACAGAACCAGAACCCCCAACAACCCCAGAACAGACAGCAGACCAGACCCAAAAGCACCAGGAAACAGCCAGAAAGGCAGAGGCCACAAGAACCAGAAACCACAGACCACAGACCCAACACCAGAACAGCAGACAACCAGACAGCCAAGCAGCAGAACAGCAGGCCCAGAGACCAGACCCCAGACCAGCACACAGAAACCAGAACAGACAACAGACACAGACAGAAGACAGCCAGAGCCAGACCAGCCAGCAGAGAAAGGGAACCAGACCCAGCAGCAACAACCAGACCCAGACAGCACAGAACCCCAGCAGCCCCAGACAACCAGAAAGACCCAGCCCAGACAGAACAGACCCAGAACAGACAGCCCCAGACAAGAACAGAACCAGCAGCCCAGACAGAAGCAGAACAGCAGAGCACAGCACACAGCCAGACCAGAACAGAAAAACCCAGCAGACCAGCCAGAAAACAGACAGAGAACCAGACCCCAGAGCCAGACCAGACCAGACCAACAGCCAGCAGACAACCCCAGCACCAGCCAGACAGACCAGCAGAAAAGAAGACCCAGACAGCCCAGCACCAACAGACAACCCCAGAAGCAGAAGAGACCAGCCCCCAGACAGAAAAGCCAGCCCCAGAACCAGAACGACCCAGAGCAGACCCAGACAGACAGAAGCCAGACAGAACCACCCCAGCCAACCCAGCCAGCCAGACCCAGCCAGCCACCCAGACAGAAAGCAGACCCCCACAGACCGCCAGACCAGAACCAGACCCCAGCCAGAACCCAGAACAAGCCCCAGACACAGAAGCAGACAGAAAGACCACAGACCCCAGAACCAGAAGCCAGAACCACAACAGCAAAACCCAGACCCAGACCAGCCCCCAGCCCAGAAAGACCAAGACCAGCAGAACCCAGACAGCCCAGAACAGAACCCAGACCACAGAGCCAGACACCACAGAAGCCCCAGCCAGCCAGACACCCAGCCAGCCAGACCAGAAGCUCAGCCACCAGACCCAGACAGACCAGCCAGACCAGCACAGAAGAACCAGCAGAACCAGACAGAACAAAACCAGCCAGCCCCCCAGCAGAAAAGCCACAGCAGAAGCAGACCACAGAACAGCCAGCACCAGCAGACAAAAACCCAACCGCCCCAGCCAGAAACGCAGAGCAGACCCAGCAGACAGCCAGAAGCAAGACAGCAGCCACCCCAGCAGACCAGCCAGACCACCAGCCAGCACCAGCCCCCAGAAACCAGACAGCCCAGCCCAAAGACCCCCAGACAGCAGAAAACAGCAGAGAACACAGACCCAAACAGAACAGAACCAGCCAGAACCACCAGCAACAGAACCGACACCGAACCAACCACCCAAACCGGGAAACACCAGCCGAACCCCAGACAGACAGAACCCAGGCAGCAAAGACACAGACAGACAGACAGCCCAACCCCCAACCCCCACAGAAAAAACACGCAGCCCCAGACCCAGAACAGAAACGAAAAACCCCCAGACCAGCAGCGGGCCAGAAACCAAACAGACGGGCCCCAGCAGAAGAAACCCCCAGACACAGACCCAGAAAACACAGAACCACCAGACCCAGCCAAACAACCAACAAGAAAAAGCCAGACCAGAACCAGAAAAACAGCACCGGGAGCCCAGAAAGACCAGCCACAGACCAAAGAAAAACAAGCAGCAGACCAGAAAAGCAGCAGCCCAGAACAGACCCCAAACCCCCAGAACCCCAGCAAAAGAACCAGAACCCAGAAGCCACAGACGCAGGACAGCAAAAACCAGCCAGCACCAGCCCCCAAACCAACCGACGCCCCGGGAACCAAGACCCAAACCCCAGCCCAGAACCAGAGACCAGCCCCCAGCCAGACAGCCCAGAAAGGGCACCCCACAGCAGACCCAAGCAGAAAAGACAGGCCAGCGGAAACCCCCCACACCCAGACAAACCCACCAACCAGAAAAGGAAGAACAGACAGAAAGCCCCAGCAGCCAGACAGCGGGAACCCAAAAACCAAGACCAGCAACAGAAGACACCCAGACAACCCCGAACCCAAAAGACCCAGACCCCAGAACAGACAGACGACCGCAGCCAACCAGGGCCCCCAAACAGAAAGACAAAAACAGAACAGAAAAACCGAAACAACCAGCCAAACAGCAGAAAAAAGAACAGGCACCAGCAGCGACACAGCAGCCAGACCAGCCAGAAGCCCAGAGCCAAAACCAACACACCAGACAACACCAGCAGAAACCAGAAGCCGACCAAAGCCCCAGAAACCAAACAGCCCCAGACAGACAGAACCAGAAGAACCAGAAAAAGCCGCAGAGACCCAGAAAACCAGAACCACAGCCACAGACGCACCAAACACAAAACAGACCCCAGACCAGCACAGAACAGACAGCAGAACGGGCCAGACCAGACCAGAACACCGCAGAACCCCCAGCCGAGCCAGCACAACAACAGACCCAACAGCCAGACACGCCAACAGACCAGCAGAAACAACAAGCACACAGCAAAAGCAGACAGCAAGCCAGACCAGCCAGAAGACCCAGCACCACCAGACCAGAAGCAACCCAGAACCCACAGCCCAGACCAGCCCAACCCCCAAGCACAACAGACAGCAACAGCACCAGAACAGCCACAGACACCCCCAGCCAGACCACCAGCACCCACAGCCGACAGACCAGACACAGAACCAAACCCAGACACAGCCACAGACCAGACGACCCCAACCACAGACGAGACACCCAACAACGACCACCCACAGCCACAACAGAACAGACACACAGAACCAGAAGGCAGCACCACAAAACAGACCACCAGAACCACACACACCCACAGACCCACAAACACAGAAGACACAGACACCACCAACACACCCAGCCACAGCACAGCCCCCCAAGACCAGAAAGACAGCCACAGCACACACCAACACCCAACCCAGACCAACAGACCAGACCACCAAACCCCCAGAAACCCAGACCCCCCAGAACAAGCCAGAAACCAGAAAACAGACCAGCCAGACACACCAACCAGAACCACACCAGACCAGAACACAAACCCAGCCCACCAGAAGCCAGCAGACAACACCCCAAGACCAGAACACAGCAACAGCACACCAAAACCACCAGACAGACCCACAACCAGCAACAGACCAACAGAGCACCCCACAAAAACCCACCAGCAGCAGAACCACCAGCAGCCCCAGACCCCAAACACCACCAAGACACCAGCAGACACCAGACAAAACAACCAGAACCACCAGAAAGACCCAGACCCAGCACAGCCCCCAAAGGACAGAGCCAACAAACAAAGCCACGGCCGACAAGAACCCAAGCCAGAAAAACAGCAGACCCAGACAGCAAGAACAGCCAGAAAGAAAAACCCACAGCCCACCAGCACCCACCAGAACAAACACCAGACAGACCAGCAGAACAGCAGAACAGAACAGCACCAGAACAGAACACACCCAAAGGCACAGACCCAACACAGAACAGAAAGCCCACCAACACACCCCACCAGCACACAGCAGCACACAGACAGCCACCCACCAGACCCCAAAACAGACAGCCCACCGACCCCAGCACAGACGCAGAAGCCCCAGAAACCCACCAGCAGACAGCAGACCAGCAGCGCAGACAGCAGAACCAGCACACAGACCAAGGAAAAAGACAACCGACCCACAGCCACCCAGCCACAGACCACCAGCAACGACAGAACAGCCCCCCCCAGAGACCCCAACCCAACCGACCAACAACCCACCACACAGAACCAGAACACCCCCAGCAGCCCCCACACCAACAGCAACCAGAAAAAAACCCACCAACAGAACCACCCAGCACACCAGCCACAACCAGCAGCCCCAGACACAGAAACAGACAGCCCAGCACCAGAACCCAGAACCAGCACCAGCCAGCCACCACCACACCAAGACGCAGCAGCCCAGCAGCACAGACCAGAACCAAAAACCAGCACAGACAGACCCAAAACACACCCAGAAGACUCCCAGACAACACAGACCACACAAACACACCAGCAGACAGCCCAGACAGCCACCACACCCCACAGCCAGCCACAGACCCCCACCAGACAACAGAAGACACCAGCCAGGCACACAGACCCAGCCAAGCAGAAACCACACCAAGACCAGCCACAGGGGCCCCCCCAGCCCCCGAACACAGACAGAACCACCAGCCAACCAGCACAACCAACCCAGACAGACCAGCAGCACAACAGACCCAGACAGAGCACCAGACCACCCACAGACCCACACACCCAACCAGCCCCCCAGAACAGACCCCAAGCCAGACAGACAGACACCAGCCACCCACAGACAGCCACACCACACCAGAAACACCCCCGAACCAGACCCAGACCAGCAACACCAGAACCAGACCAGACCCCAAACCCAAAGACCACAGCACACAACCCAGCCCCAGCCACCCAGCCCCGCCCAGAGACCCACCAGCAGCACAAAGCCCCAACAACCCAACAACAGCCCAGCCAGACCAGAAAGAACAACACCACACAGCAACAGACCAACAACAGACAGAACCCCAGCCACAACAGACCAGAACCAACCACCACCCAGCACAGAACCAGACACACAAACCCCAGACCCCACACCCAGACCAGAAGCCAGACAGAAACCAGACAGCCCAGCACAACCCAGCCGCACCCAGCAAACAAAACAGACAAAAACCACAGAAAACAACCCAGCCCACCAAGACCCCAGCAGACAACCAGACAGCAGACCAGACAGCAGCAGCCCCCACACCCAAACCAAGAUCAAACCCAAAAAACACAACCCAACAGACCAACACCAAGCCAAGCAGAGCCCCGACCCAACAGAACCCCAGACCAGCACCAACAGCACCCAGACAGCCCAGACACACCCCACACCAGCCCCCACACCAGACACCAACCAAGCCCACCACACCCAAAACACAGACCAACCCACCCAGAAGACAGACCAGCAAAACCACAGCCACCCACCAACCCAAGAACAGCAAACAGACCCCCCAGACAAGCCCCCCACCAGCCAGACCCCAGCCGGGCCCAAACCAGACAACCAACCCACACCAGCAGACCAGCCAGAACCACCCCCAGACAGAACCAGAAAACCCCCAGACCAGCAACCAGACAGCCACACCCAAACCAGAACCCAGACACCACCAGAACCAGACAGACACCCCAGCCGCCAGCAGCCCACCAAGACCCAGCCCAACAGCAACCAACCCACAGACAACAAACCACCAAACCCAAACAGACCAGCAACAGACCGCCCCCAAAACCACCACCACCAAACCCCCCACACCCAGACCCCCACAGACCAGACAGAACCAAACCCAGACCACAACAACCCAACCAACAGACAACCAGCAAACAAAGACCACAAACAGCCCCCGACCCAGAAGCACCAAACCAACACCCACACCGAAAAAACCAGACCCACAGCAAGACCAGCCCAGACCACCCAGCCAACCAAAACAGCCAACCCAGACACCACAGACCCCACCCCAAGCCACCAACACCAGCAAAACACAGCACAACAGACAACCAGACCCCCAACCAGCCAAAACAGACCCAACCAACCCAACACCCAGAGCACCAACCAGCAGCCCAGACAACCAGCCGCCACAACCAACAGAGACCAGCCACCAGGCCAGCAGACCAGACCAACAGACAACCACCAACCCACAACAACCAACAGAAGAAGACCACCAGCACCAGCACCCACACAGACAGCAACCAGCACACAGGACCACCCGCAGCAAAAGGACAAACAGACCACCCAGAGACCAGAACCACAGACAGACCAGCCCACAGAACAGACAGACCAGCCAACACAGAAAAACAGCACGCAGAAGACACACAGACAAAAACCAACCCAGACACAGAACAGACAGACACCAGCAGCAGAACCACCACACCAACAGACCACAAGCAGACAGCCAGCAGAACACAGACCCAGAACCAAACACAGCCAGCAGACCCAGAAACAGACCAGACCAGACACAGACGACAGAACAGACCAGCAAGACCCACAGAGGAAGACAGCAAAACAAAACCCCCAAAAGACACAGCCAGCAGACCAGCCCAACCAAACCCACAAAGAACCAGACAGACAGACCAGAAGCCCCAGCAGACGACCAGACCAAAGACCCAGCCAACACAGACCACCAGACCCACAGACAGACCAGAAGCAAGAAAAACCAGACAGCCAGACAACAGCCAGAACCAGAACAAACCAGCCAAAAACCCCAGAAAAAGAGACCAGACCGACAGACCCACAACCGACAAGACAGAGGACAGCCCAAGCACCACAGAACAGCCCAGACAGACCCCCCAGACCAACAGAGCAACAACCAGAAGAAACAGCCAGACCCAAAACCAAGACGCCACAAACAGACCCAGCAGCACCAACAACAGACAGACACAGACAGCACCACAGACCGCCAGACACACCCACAGAAAACCCAGACCAACCAACAAACCACAAAACAACACCAGACCAGAACACAGACAGCCAGAACAGACCAAAACAACCAGCACAGACCGCCACCCGACCAGACCCCCCAGACAGACAGACAACCAGACCCCAAAACCAACCCAACAGACAGACCAGCAGACCCAGAACACAGACAGACAACCCCAGAACAACCGAAGCCCCAGCAGACCCAGACCAAGCAGCCCAGCACCGAAAAACAGAACAGACCCCAGCCAGACAGAGAGCACCCACAGACCAGACAGCAGACCCCAACACCAGAACCAGACAGCCACAACAACAGCCCAAACCCCCACACAGAACAGCAAGCCCAGCACCCAGACAACCCAGACCCAAACCAAGACCAAGACAGCCAGACAACAGCCACAGACAAGACCAAGCAGAACCCCAGACAGACGAACCAGACAGACAGACCCAGACAGACAGCACAGAGACAGCAGCCACCCAGCAGACCCAGACCCAGAGACAGACCAGACAGACAGAGGACCAGAAGCCAGACCCAGCCCCAGACCAGCAAACACCCCACAAGCAGAAAAGCCACGAACCAGCAAGACCACAGACAAGAGCCCCCAGCCAGACACACCCAGACCACAGACAGCCCAGACAGAAACCCCAGAGACCGAACACCACAACAGACCAGCACAGAGACCCCAGCCCAGACACCCACAGCAACCACCAGCACACCAGAACAGACCAGACAGACCAGCACAGCCAGCAGAAAGAGACCCAGACCCAAACAGCCCAGCCCAGACAAGACAGCACACAGAGACAACGGGAACCGCAGCCCAGCAAGAAAAGCCAGACAGAACACCAGACAGACCCGACCAGCAGAGAACAGCCAGGACCCCAGCGACAGACCCGAACAGACCCAGAACAGCACAGCAGAGCAGACCAACCAACAGAACCCAGUAACAGACAGACGAACAGACAGACCAGCCACCCAAAACACCAGCCAGAAACCCCACAACACCAACAAGAAACACAGACCCCAAACAGCCCCAGACACACCACAACCAGGACCCACCAAAACGACACCAGACCCCCAGACAGAACCAACCCAGCCCACACACAGACCCCAGCAGACCCAACCAGCCACAACAGACCAACACCGACAGAACCACAGCAGCAGCCCCAAACAGACAGCAGCCCACAAGCCCCAGACAGACCGCCAGAAACCAGACAGACCCCACAGAACAAGACCAGACAGAGACAGCCAGCCCGGAAGAGCCAGAGAGAGCAACCCAGACCACAGAACCAGACCAGCAGACAACAACAGCGACCACCAGACAAAACCCCAACAGCCAGACCAGACCACACCAGACAGAAAGCAGACAGAACACACAGGAACAGCACAGCCCGCAGAAGACCACACCCACAGCCAGAAAACAACCGACCCAGAACAGACACACAGCACAGCAGACCAGACCCACAGCACAGCAGACCCAACAGACACCACCAGACAGCCCCAGAGACAACCAGACAGAACCAACCCACAGAAAGACAGACCCAGAACAGCCCAACAGGCCCCAAACACAACAAGCACCCCAAACGCAGACAGACCCAGACCAGCCAACACCCAGCACCAGAAACAGAACCCAACACAGCAGCAGCCACCCACAGAACCAGACCCAGACAAACGGGCCCCCAGCCCAGAGACAGACAGAAACCAGAAGCACCGACACCCAACAGACGAACCCACAGCAGACCAACAACAAGAGGCACAAAACCAAGCCCCAGACCCCAGACAAGAAGCAGACCAGCCCCACACAGACCAGACACACAGACCCAGCACACCAACCAACACCAGACACAGGGCCACCAGACACCAGACAGCACAAAACCCCAAGCCACAGACCCACAACAGCACCACAGACAAAAAAGACCAACAACAGAACAGACAGCCAGACAAAAGACCCAGAACAGCCAGCACGAAAGACAGCAGCCAGCCACAACGAAGCACAGCAGACCCAGCCCCCCGACAGACAGACAACAGAACCCAGACAGACAGAAGCCAACCAGCAGCAGACAGAAGACCCAGACACACAGACCCAGAAGCCAGCCAGCACCCCCCAGACCAGACAGACAGAAGACCCCAAGCCCACAGAACAACAGCCGCAGCCACGCAGACCAGACCAGACAGACACAGAAAACAGACAAAACCAGACCACAAGCGCCAGACCAGACAGCACAGAACCAAGCCCACACAGACCACCAACAGCAGAACCCAGACCGCACCAGAGCCAACGCAGACAGCCACAGAAACCACCCCGAGACAGAAGACAGAACCAACACAGCCAGAACAGACGACAAACAGACAACGACAGCCAGACCAACCAGACAGAGCAGCACCAGAACCCAGACCAGACAGACAGCCCCAACAGAAACCAAAGAAACAGACCCAGAACACCAGCAGACAGACCAGACCGAGCGACACACCCAGACAGACAGACCACAAACAGAACCCAGACCACCAGACCGACCAAAGACAGACACCAGAACAGCCAGAAGAACCCCCAGAACCAGCCAGACAGCAGAACACAGACCCAAACCACAGACAGACCACCACCCAGAAGACAGACAGCACACCACCAGAACAGACAGACCACAGACAAAGAACCCACAGACCCAGCCCAAACAGAACCCAGACAACAGCAAGACAGCCAGACAGACCAGCAAACACACAACAGACACAGCACAGACAGAAGCCACCAGACAGACCCAACAAGCACACCCACAGAGCAGGAAGCAGACAGAACAACCAACAAACAAGCCCAGACAAAGCAGCAAAGCCAGACAGACAGCAGGAAGCCAAGACCAGACAGACCAGAAAACCCCACAAACAGACCAGACCCAGCCGCAGAACAGACAAAACAGACAGCAGCCAGAACACCCAGAGACAAACAGACAAAAACAGCAAGAGCCAGACCAGACAGCAGAACAACAGCCACCAGACACGACCCAACAGCCCGAGCCCCCAGCCAGACAGGCCCACAGACCAAAACAGAACAGCAGCCCAGCAGCACCAGACAGCCACAGCAGACCACAGACCCAGAACAGCACACAGAACAGACCAGACCGCGAGCCGAACACAGCCAGACAGACACCCCCAGGACAGCACCAAGCAACCGCCCAACCACAAACAGCAGACAGAAAGCCCACACCAGACCCAAACACAGACCCAGACCAGACACAACAGAAAAGACCAGCAACAACCAGACAGACCAGACCGGGAAACACCAGCAGCAGACCACACAGACCCCAGACCAGCAGCCACACAGACAACACAGACAACAGAACCAAACAGACACAGCCCACCCCACAAAACCAGACCCAGCAACCACCCAACCAGAAACCAGACCAGAACCAGCAGCACAGAACCAGAACACCCCACAGACAGACAGCAGACCCAGACAACACAGCCAACACAGCACCCAGCCCAGACAACAGAACCACAGACCGACAGACAGCCCAGACCCCCCAGACCAACAGACACAACAGAAGACGCCCCAGACCGCCAGAACAGCCCGCCCCCAAAACCAGCAGAAAAGCCAGCCAACAACAGACACCAGACAAAGCCAGACAGACCCCACAGACCCACAACCAGAACAAGACAGAAGACAAACAACCCCAGAACCAAAACCCCGACAGACCCAGACAACACCGGCCAGAAACCGACACAGACCCAGACCAACACAGACCAGAACAGAAGCCAAGACAGACAGCCCAACACCAGACGACCCAGACAGACAAGACCCAGAAACCAACCCAGCACCAAAAACCAACAGACCAACAGAACCAGAGCCACCCAGCAGACACAGCAGACAGAAAGACCGACCAAGAACCCAGCACAGACAGACCACCAAACAAAAGGACCCCCCCCACAGAACAGAGCCAACAAACCAGAAACACCCCCACAGCACACCCACAGCCCAGACAACCAGAAGCCAGACACAGAACAAAAAGCAGACACAGCCGACCCCCCAGACACAAGACCAGACACAACCGAACAGCCAGACAGACAGCGACCAGAAAAACCAGAACAACAGCAAGGCCACCCCAGCAACAGACCAGACCCCAGAGACAGAAGACCACAGACAAAGCCAGACCAGCAGACCAGACACAGACACAAGCCCAGACCGCCAGAAAACCCAAACAGACACCAACACCAAACACAGACCAAAACCACAGCCCAGCAGACACAAGCCACCAGAACAAGCCAGACCCCAGACCGACCACAGACAGACGGCCAAACCCAGAAGAAACCAGACAGAAACCCCAGAGAACCAGACCCAGAGACCCAGACACAGGCAGAAACCGCAGAACCACGACAGACCCAGCCAGGAACCCAGAGACACAGAGCCCCAGACAGACCAGCCCACAGACAACAGACCAGAACAGCCCAGACAACACAGAAAACAGCACCACCCAGACAACCCAGCAACAGAGCCCAGAAGCCCAGCGCCAGAGACAGACAAGACACAGACAGACCCCAACAGACACCACACAGCAACACCAGAACAACACCCACAGACAGCCAGACCACAACCAAGCAACCAGACCAGCCACCCAGCACCAGACAAACCAGCAGAACAACAACAGCCACAGACAGAACAACCAAAAACCAGACAGAACCAGCCCCAGACAGAACCAAAAACCAAAAACCCAGAACCCAGCAGACAAAGAAGCCACAGACCGACCCGACCAGCCCCACAGAAAGAAGACCAGCCCGACCCACCCAGCAGAAGCACAAGACCAGCAAAGACCAGACAGCCAGACCACAGACCAGACCACCAACAACCAGAAGACCGAACAGCAGCAGACCCACACAGAACCCAACAGACAGAACAGACCACAGAAAAGCAAGACACCCACAGCCAACAACAGACCACCAAAACAGACAACCCAGACAACAGACAACAGAGACCCAGAAGCCAGAGAACACCCAGACAGAACCAGAACCCAGACAGACCCCAGAACCAGCCAGCCCACCAAAGGACCCACCCCAGACAGAAACAGACAAAAAGCGCCAGACCAACCCCCACACCAGACAACAAAGAACCAGACAGACCAACACCACAGGCCACCAGAAACCAGAACAGCAGACCAGACCAGCAGACAGACCCACAGACAACCCAGCACACAGAAAACACAAGACCACCACACAAAAGACAACAGCAGAGAAGCAGAGACAGACAGACCACAGAACAGACACAGAAUACAGACAGCAGACCAACCAGACACCAGAACCCCCAACAACAGCCAGACCAGAACAGAAGAAACAGACAGACCACACGGGCCAACAGACAAACAACCAGACCCAGACCCAACAGAAACAGGCACAGACACCCCACCCACCACAGCACACAGACAGAGACAAACAGCCAACCAAGAAACCACCACAGCAGACAGACCAGACCACCGACACAGACAGAGCCACACAGAAGACACCAGAACCAAACCACAGACCAGGCCAGACACGACACCCAACCAAACCAGACCCAGACAGAACCACAGAGAAACAACCCAGACCAAGAACAAAACAGCCACAGCCGACCAGAACCAGACACCAGACCACAGACAAACCCAACCAACCCAGAAGAACCAGGCGCACACAACCAGACCCGACCAGAACCAGCACCAGCCACCCCAGACAACCGACCCCCAGAAAGAAAGAGACCAAGACCGACAGACAGAACACAGACCAGAACCAAAAGGGCCCAGACCAGACCAACAGAAAACCCAGAAGACCACAGCAACAAAGACCAGACCAGCCGACCAGACCCCAGACAGCAGACCAAGAACACCCAGCAGACACAGACAGACCAGAACCACCAGACCAGACCCAGACCACAGACAAACAAACCCAGAACAGAACAACAACCAGCAGCAGACCAGCAGAACAGCAGCCAGACAAGAAGAACCCCAGACAGAACAGAAAGCAACAGACCAGCCGCAACACAGAACACAGACGACCCACAGCACCAGACAACCAGACACCCAGACACACAGACCGGCCCAGAGCCCAAAACCCGGCAGACCAGACAGACACAGACAGACCCCAAAGACACCAGACCCCAGACACAGACCAGAACAGGAGAAACACCCCAGACAACCCAGCAGAAAGACAGACAGACAGCCACCAGACAGACCCAACAGAACCACAGCCAGCAGACCACAGAAAGCAGACAGCAGCAGACCAGACAGACAGAGCCCAACCAGACACCACCCACAGACACCAAGACGACCCCAGCAGACAAAACCACAGACGACCACAGCCACAGACAGAGCAGCCAACCAGCCAACACACACAGAGCACAGAACCCAACAGAGCCAGCAGACAGCCCCCCCAGAAGACCAGAAGACCCGCAGAAGACACAAACGACCCCAGACCAACCACACAGACAGCCCAGACAGAGACACCAGCAGAGAACAGGCCAGCAGACAGAAGAACCCAAACAAGAGCCACCCAGAACCAGAGCAGACCAGACAGCAACCCAGCCAGAAACCACAGAAACCAAACAGACAACCAGACCCAGACACCCAGCAGCAGAAAAAACCCCAGAGAAAACCCCAAACCAGACAAGAAGACCCCAGACAGAACAGCCAACAGACAGACCCACAAGACCAAGCAGCAGAACAGAACACAGACACCAGACCCAGCAACAGACCACAGACCACAGACCAAGAAACAGAAAGAGACACCACAGACAGCAGACAGCAGACCCCCACAGCGAAGACCCACAGACCAGACCAGCAAGACCAACAGAGCAGACCACAGACCAGACAGCCCACAGACCCAGACAGCACCCCCAGAACCAGACAAAACACAGACAACCAGACCCCAGCCAGCCACCAGCCCCAGCAACAGCAAACAGCACCAGCCAAAAGACCAGACACACAGCAGACCAAAAGACACCAGACAACCAGCCCAGAACAGCAGAAGACAGCCGCCCAGAACAGACGACAGAAACACCACCACCACAGCCACCAGCCAAGCAGCAGACCCAGCAACAGACCCCAGCCAGCCGAAAAAGACACCAGACCCCCCAGACCGAGAACCACAGCCCCAACAGACAGCACAGACACACAGAACCAGAACCACCCAAGAACAGCAGACCCAGACACAGAAACCCAGCCAGACACACCCCAGACGCACAGACCAGCCCAGACAGAGCGACACAGACAGACAACAGACCAGCCCACAGACAAGACCAGCCAGAGACAGACAGAACAGAACCAGAAAAGACCCCCAGAGCACAGACCACAGACCGACCCACAGACGACCAAGCCACAGAAGACAGAAGCCAGAGCCCAGACAACAGACCAACCAGACAGCCAACCCCAGACCAGAAGAACCGACAGACACCACAGAACAGACCAACCCAGAACAGACAGACCAGAACACAGACAGACCCAGACAAGCAGACGGGACCCAGACACCAGAAAACCAACCAGACCCAGACAGACCCACCCCAGCCCCAAACAACCGCCAACAGCCCAACACCCAGACACAGACAGACCCCCAGACAGACACAGCAAGACACACAAGACCAGAACACCCAGCCAAACAGAAAAGGCCAGACCCAGCACAGCAGACCACCCAGAGACCAACACCCAGACCCAGACAACACCCCAGCCAGACCAGCCCACACAGGCAACAGACAGCAGAACCCAGCAGAAGACAACCAGACCCACAAAAACCCAGACAGCAGCCAGAAAACCAGCAAACAAGACAAGAAGCAAGACAGACAGAGACCAGACCAGACAAACACGACCAGACAGAACCACCGACACAGACCAAACCCAACACAGACACCAACAGAAACAACAGACACCAGAGCCAGAACACCACAGAAAAGACAGAGCCCAAGACAGACAACCAACAGACAGACACCACAACAGCCAGCAACCCCAGCAGACCAGACACCAGAAGCCCAAACCACCAGCAGCCAGACAGCCAGACACACCAGCACAGAACAGAAAGCCCAGCCCACAGACCACCAGGACCCAGCCAACCAGAAACCACCAACAGACCAGACAGACAGAACAGCCAACACAGAAGACAGCACCACAGACAGCACAACCAGAACCACAACCAGACACAGCCCAGAACAAAACCACAACCGCACAAAAACCCAGACAGCCAGAGACAGACCAGAACCCCAAAGGACAGACAACAGACAGACCCAGACAGCAGCCACCCACCAGACAGCCCAGACAGCACAGCAGACCAGACAGAACAGCACCCAGACACAGACACCCCAGACCCCAGACACAGCAACAGCACCAAGACAACACAGACAGAAAAGACAGACCAGCAAAAGACGGAAAAACACAGACCAACAGCAGCAGACCAGCAGAACCAGCCAGCACACCAGCCAGACCCCAGCCAGACAACAGCCAGACCAGAAAAGAAGACAAGACAGAAGCCCAAAAACCAGAACACAGAAACCAGACAAGACCAGACCACCAAGACCAGAACCAGACCACAGCACCACCCCCACAGAAGACAAAACAGACCAGACAGACAGACAGACCAACACCCCAGCAGCACAGGCCACACCCCCCCAGACCAACCCCACAGAACAGACCAGACCCCAGCCAGACACACCCAGACCAGACCAGCCAGCAGCACAACAGCACCAGACAGACCAGGACAGACACAACGCACCACCGACCCAACAAAACAACACAGCAGACAACCCAAAGACAAACAAACCACAGACCCCCCGACAAAAGACCAGCCAGACCAGAGACCAGACAGACACACAGACAGACCAACACCAGAAGACAGACCCCACCCCAGCAGAAGACCAAACACAGACAAACCACCCAGCAGACCCCAGACAGCCAAACAGACCAAGCACAGAGACCCAAAACCAGAACCCCAACAGACAGACCAGCAAAAAACCAGCAGAAGACCAAGCCAGACAGACAACCAGAAACACAGACCACAGAAGACAGACAACCCAGACAGACACAACCAGACCCAAACAGCAACAGCAGCCAGACAACAGCCAACCAGACAACAGCAGACCCAACACACACCCAAAACCAGACAACAGACAACAGCACCAGACAGCCAGACCACAACAGCCCACACCAGCAGACACAACCCCGACCCAGACAGACCCCCGAAAAGACAACCAACCACAGACAGACAGCAGACCCCAGAAAACCAAAACAGACAGCCCCAGACCAAAAGCACCAGGCCCAGCAGACACACACAGACCCAACAGAACACAGACACCAGACCACGAAACACACAGACCCACAAACAGCAGAACCAGACCAGAAACACAGCAGAACCAGACCAGAAGACCCCCAGCAGACAAGACCAACCCAGAAGCACAGACAGAAACACCACAGACACAGAAGCCCCAGACAGACACAGCCCAACAGACAAGACAGACAAACAGAGAAGAACACCAGACACAACAGCAGACCAGACCAGACCCAGAAAAACAGACACCAGACAGCACCACAGCAAAACCCAGAGACACACAGACAGACCAGCCAGACACAGAACCAAGACACAAUCAGACCAGCCAAAACAGCCCACCAGACAACCACCCAACCCAGACAGACCAGACCCACACCGACAGACCCAGACAGAAACACAACCACAGAAGACACCAGACGCCCAGCACCCACCCAGACCAAAAACACCCAGCAGAGCAACACCAGAACAGCACAGAAGCCAGCAGAGACAGCCAAAACACACCAGCAAGACACCACAAACAACCAGGAAAACCCGAACCACAGAACAGACAAAACCGCACAAACACCAGCAGAACAGAACCAGACCCAAGCACAGACCGACAGACCCCCCAGAAGAACAGCCACAGACCAGAACCACACAAACCCCAGACCCCAGACCAGACAAAGCCGACACAGAACAGCCACAGACACACCCAGCCACAGAACCAACCAGACACCAGACCCAGACGACAGAAGGGGCCCAGCAGACAGCCCCCCAGACAACAGACCCAAAGAGGCCCAGACCACAGCCCAGACCAAAACAGACCAGACAAGACCAGCAGAACAGCCAGAACAGACCAGAAAACCCCCCAACCCACAGACCACCAGAAAGCCACAGCCCAGAACACAAGACAGCCAGACAGCCAGCCCAGAAACCCAGCAGAAGCACAACAGAACCAAGCCACAGAAAAGCCAGACAGACCGACCACAAACAGACAAGCCCCAGACCAGACAAGAAACCCCCCAGACCAGCAGACAGACCAAAGCCAGACCAGAACCAGACCAACAGACAGAACACCAGAAAACACCAGACCAAACACACCCACGCAGACAGACAGCCCCAAGAACGACAGACAGCAGAAACCGACCACAAAAGCAAGACAGAACAGACCGACACAGCAGACCAGACAGACACAAAACAAGCACCAGCACAAGCCACAGCCAGACCACCAGCACCAAGAACAGAACCCAGCAAAGCAGACAGCCAGAACAACCACCAACAGACCAGACCGGGAAGAACCAAACCCGCCAACAAACCCAAGAACCCCAGCCCAAACAAAAGCACCAAAACCCAAACCAGACAGACCCCCCCCCGCCAGCAGCCCAAACCCCCCAGAAAGACCAAAACCCAGACCACCCCCAAAAACCCGGCCCAGCAGACAAAACCAGCCAGCCAGCAGCCCCCAGCCCCACAGACAGACCAGACCAGCCAGACAGCCCAGCCCAGCAGACCACCAGCCCAGCACAACCAACCAAAAGAAACCAGCCAAAAACCGACCCACCCCCAGCAGACAGCGGGCCCAGGGGGCCCCCAACACCCCACAGACCCCAAACCCCCCCAGACAGACACCCCGCCCAAACAGACACCAAAACCCCCAGAACCCAAAACAGAACCAGACCAAGCCAGCCCAACCCCCAGCCCCACCCAGCCAGCAACAGACCCCCACAGCCAGACAGACCCACAGCAGCCAGACCCACCAGACCAAAAACAGCAGACAGAGCCCAAGCCCCCAGACCCAGCAGAACACCCAACCAGCCCAGACCAGCAGACCAGCACAGAACCACAGAACACAACAGACCAAGACAGACCAGAGACAGCCCAGACAGACCCAGACCAGCAGACACAGAACCCAACAGACAGAAAGCCAGACCCCACACAGCCAGACCCAGACACACCAGCACAAGAACCAGACAGAACCAGCCAGACCCACACCAGCCAGACAGAGAACAAACCCCAAGAAACCCCAGACCAGAAGCCCAGACAGACCCAGACCCAGACCACCAGACAGAAACCACAGGCAGAAGACAGACAAGACCAAACCCAGACCAGACAGAACCAGCCAACCAGAACCCAGCCCGCACCAGAGAGAGACAGCAGCAGACAGCCAGACCCCACCCAAGCAACCCAGACCAGCAGACAACCAGACACCCAGACCCACAAGCACACCAGACAGCAGACCCCAGACCAGACCCCCCGACCAGACAAGAAACCACAGCCCAGACAGACAGAACGCAGAACCCCAGACCCCAACAGACCAGAAGCCAGACAAGCCCACCAGAACCAAGCCAGGCCAGACAGACAGACCCACAACGAGACCAGACCCCAGACCAGCCACCCAGACAGACAGACCCAACAGACGCCAGCAGCAACCAGAGCAAAGACCACACAGACAACCCCCAGACCCCCAGAAAGCCAAGACCCCAAGACCAGAACCAGCAGACAGCAGCCCAGCAGAACAGAACAGCCCCAAGCAGACCAGACAGCCAGCCACCAGAGCAGAACCAGAAGCCAGACCCAGCAGAAGCCAGCCAGACAGCAGACCCAGCCAGAGCCCACCCACCCCAAGACCAGAGACAGAGCAGAGCAGACAGCCCCAAACCACAGCAGAGCACAGAACCCAGACAGCAGAAGAACAGACAACCAGACCAGACAGAACAGACCAGAGCAGAACGACAGACAAACAACAGACCCAGACGAAAACCCAGAACAGCAGACCCAGCAAGCCCAGGAACCCCAGAACACAGCAGCCAGAACAGCCAAGCACCCAGAACAGACACAGCAGCCAGACACCAGACCACAACAGACAGACCAGACACAGACCAGACCAGCCAGCACAGAAGACCACCAGACGACAGCCCGACAGACAGAGCACCAGACAGCCAGCCAGACCAGACAACACAGACCCCAAGACAGCCAGACAACCACCACAGCACCAGAGAACCAAAAGACCCAGCAGACAGACAAGACCAGCCAGCAGAAGCCAAGACACAGCAGACCGACAGAACCAACAGCCAAGACAGAACCCCAAGAACAGACAGCAGCCCCACAGACAGAACACCCACAGACACCCAGACCACAGACAACAGACCGAACCAGAAGAGCAGCCCAGACAGCCAAACCAGACACCCAGCAGCCAGACAGAGCCACCAAAGCAGAACAGCCCCAGAACCCCAGCAGACAGCCAAAACAGACCCCCAGCAGACCCACCCAGCAGGAAGCCAGAAGACCAGACCAGACAGACACAGCAGACCAAGACACCAGACAGACCCCACAGCAACAGCACAGCAGACCAGAAACAAACACCCCAGACACCAGACCCAACAGACGACCAGAACAACCAGACCCAGACCCAACAGAACCAACAGACCCCAGACACCAGCCCAGACAGCAAACCGAAGACAGAACCAGACCAGACCAGAGGACCAGACAAAGACCAGAGAGCGCGCAGACAGAGACCCAGAACAGAACCCCAACAGACCCAGAAGACAGACACCACGACAGACCCAGAAGCACCACAGAGACAGAACCACCAGACCAGCCAGAACCAGACAGACAGCCGAGCAACCCACAGAAGCCACCCAGAGCCCAGAGACAGACAGACAGACCAGAACAGCAGCGCAGACAGAGACCAGAACCACCAAACACCGACACAGACCAAGACACCAGAACAGCAGAAGACCAGAACAGAACCCAGACAGACCCAGCCAGACCCAGCCACCAGACCACAAACCAGCAGACCAGAAGACACAGACCCAGCCCAGACAGCCAGCAGACCCCAGAACACAGAAGACCAAGCCAGACAAGACCAACAGCCACAGCCAGAACAGACCCAGACCAGCACCAGACCAGCCCGACAGAAGCAGAAACCAGACAGACAGACCCCAGCCAAGACAGCAACAACACACCACAGACAGACAGACCAGCCCCCAGACCCCAGAAGACAGAACAACCCCCCAGACAGACAAGACACAGACAGACAGACCAGACCCCAGACCCAGACAACCAGACCAGCCCAGACAGACCAAGCACGCAGGCCAGAACAGCAGACCACCAGAAAGACCAGCCAGACCAGACACAGCACCACAGAAGACCAGAACAGCAGACAGACAGGCACAACAGAACAGACAGACAGCCAGAACCAGACAGCACAACCCAGACAGAAGCCCAGCCCCCCAGACACCGACCACAAGCAACCCAGAACAAAGCAGACAAACCCAGACACCAACCCACAACCAGCAGCCAGCAACACAGCACAGAACAGCACAGACCAGGCCAAGCAACCCAGCCAGACAGCACACAGACCAGACAGCCAACAGACAAACCAGACCCAGAACCAGACACAGCACCAGACAGACAGACACAGAGCAGCAAGACAGACACCAGACCGACACCCCACAGACCAGCCGACAGACCCAGACCAGCCAGAACAGACAGACAGCCCAGACGCCACAGAAACCAAACAGCACCAGAAAGCCAGACCCAAGAACGCAGCCAGAACCCAAACCCAGAACAGACAGCACCAGAAACCAGACCAGACAGCCACACCAGACACCAGAACAAGACCAGCAACAACCAGACGCCCAGACACAGACCAGCAGACAGAGAAAACCCACCAGACAGACAGAACCCAGCAGCCGAAGACCAACCCCCAGCAACCAACCAGACCAGGAGCCCAGACAACAGACAGAGAAGGAACAGAAGCAGCAGACCAGACCAACCAGAGACAAAGCCAGACCCAGACCAGCAGACAGACCACACAGACAACACAGACAGCCAGACCAGAAGCAGCACACAGACAACACACAGACCACCAGACACCCACCACCAGACCCAGCCCAGACAGCAGAACAGACCAGACACACCAGACAGACAGACACCCAGAACCCAGACCAGAAAGCACCCAGCACAGAAGACCCAGAAAGACCAGCCCACAGACAGACAAAACAGACCCGACCAGACCAGACCACCAGCCAGACAGAACAGACACAGAAGACGGCAAACAGCAGACCACACCCACAAGAACCAGAAACCCCAGACCCAACAGCAGACACCAGACACCAGACAGACAGAACAGACCACACGAACGCCCAGACAGAACAGAACACCAGACCAGCCCCAGCCACCACACAACAGACACACAAGCCAGCAGAACAGAACAGGAGCCCCCAGAACAGACCACAGCCAGCCAGAACAGCCCAGAAGAGCCGCACCAGCAGACACCACAGCCACCGACAAGACGACAGAGAACCACCCGCACACAGACGACACCAGAACCAGACAGAACCCAGACCCAAAGAGCAGACCCAGCCGACCAAGAACAGAAGACAAGCCCACCAAGACAACAGCCAGAACAGCCCAGCACAGACAGAAAGACCAGACCGAGCAGCACAGAAGCCAGAGCCCCCAGAGCAGCAGCAGACACCAGAGACCAGCCAGACACAGGAGACGAGAGCACACAGACAGCAGCCAGACCACCAGAACAGACAGACCCAGCAGAGACCAGACCCAGACAGCAGACACAGACACCCAGCAGACAGACAACAGCCAAAGCCCCAGAGAACCCAGAGCAGCAAAAAACAGCCAGAACAGACCAACAGACAGACCACAAACCAAGACCAACAGACAGACAGCAGACCAAACCCAGACAGCAGCAGAGCCACAGCAAGCAGACAGAACCACCAGCACCAGACAAACAGAACCAAGACAAACCCCCAGAACCAGACAGCCAACAGCACCCAGAACAACAGACCAGAAACAGCCAACCCGACAGACAGACCCAGACACAGACCCAGACCAAGAACAGACCACAGACAGACCAGACCAACAGAACCAGCAGCCACCAGACACACCAGCCAGACACCAGACAGACGACCAGACAGAAGCCAGCGAACAGAAACCAGACCCCAGACCAGAAGACACGAAGCAGAACCGCAGAACACCAGACAACACCAAACCAAAGCCAGCAGACACAACAGACCCACCCACACACCCAGCAGACAGACAGCACAAACCAAGCAGCCCAGACAGACCAGCCACCAGGCAACACACCAGACCACCAGACCAGACAGAACCAGAGACAAAAGCCCAGACAGAGCCAGCCAGACAGCAGCAGCACCCAGCCCAGACAGAACAGACAGCCAGGAAAGAACCCAGACCAACCAGCAACAGACACCAGACACACGACAGCCCACAGACCCAGCCGACAGCCAGACAGAGAACAAGACCAACAGACACCAGCACAAAAGACAGACAACCAGCCAACAGACCGACCGCAGAAGCCACAACAGACAGACAGACCCAGAAAGCAACCAACAGCGACAAGACAGACAGACAGAACAAGAGAACCAACAGCCAAAACAGACCCAGAACAACAGACCCAGAACAACAGAGACCAGAACCAGAAACAGACAGAACAACAGAGACCCAGAAGACACCCACCCAGACGACCACAGACAGAAGCCAAGAAACACAGAAACAGACACAGCCACAGAAGACCAGACCAAGACACAGACCACAGACAGACAGCCAACCACACACCAACAGAACCAGAACCCAGAAAGCAGAACAGAACCAGCAGACACAGCAGACAGAACCAGAAAGACAGCAUAUUGCAGAAAAGAAAGAACCAGCCAGAACCUUCACACAGCAGAAGCCAGAGAGAACAGACUACACACAGAACCAGAAAGCAGGAAAGCAGACACAGGACACCAGACACAGAAGGACAGAACCAGACAGGAACCCAGGAAAAAGAAACAGCAGCAGACAGAACCAGAACAGACUAGAAGAACAGGAAGACAGACAAGAACCCCAAGAACAGAAGACAGCCCAGAAGAAACAAGAACCAGAGACCCAGAAAGAAGCCAGAAAAGGCCAAAGCAGACACCAGAAAACACACCCCAGAAACAGCAGAAAAACCAGAACACGAACCAGAAACAGGAGACCACAGAAACACAGAACAGACCAGAUCCAGAACAGAAAUACAGAAACAGAACAGCAGACAGCAGACAGAAACCCACCAAGAACACCACCAGACAGCCAAGACAGCAGCACAGACAGAACAGCAGAACAGCAGCAGACCACAGAACAGAACGAACCAGACCAGACAGAACGAGAAACAGACAGAAAAGACCAGCACCCAGAAAGGAGAACCAGAGACCAGAAACAGAUCAACCCAGAACAGAACCAAGAAAACAGAACACCAGCCCAGCAGAAAAGACAGACCAGACAGAAGACACCAGACAGACCAAGAACAGAGACAGAACCAGCAGACAGAGAAAGACAGAACAGCACCAGAGACCAGACCAGACAGAAAGCAGAAGAAGUCAAGCAGAGACAGAAACAAGACAGAACAGACAGACAGACACCCAGAACACGAACAGAACAGAACACCAAGAAAGAGAACAGAACCCAAGAGCAGAAACCAGCAGAACAGCCACCCCCAUGGGCCAGCACAGAAACAGAAAGUUUCUUGGAUGCAGACCACAGACAGAAACAGACAAGACAGAUCAGAAACCAGAAACAACCAGAAACAGACACCAGACCCCAAGAACCAGAGAGAAAAACCGAACAGACCAGAACAGAGACAAGCACAGACAAAGAAAAAAAGACCAGAAAGAAGCAUACAGAAACAGCAGAACAGAACAUCCCAUCACAGAACAGCACCAGACAGGCAGGCAGCAGGGACCAGGCCAGAACACAGACCAGACAGCAGCAGCCAGAACAGCAGAACAGCCACAGAACAAGAACCAGACCAGCCAGUCACCAGGGACAAGCCCCAGACAGACAAGCCAGCAGACCCCCAGGACCCAACACGAUAGAACCAGAGGUCAGAAAGACCAAGAAACAGCCAGAACAGAAGACAGACAGAAACAGAAACCCCAGAACCAGAACACCAGCAGAAAGAACAGAACAGAACAGAACAGCACCAGAAGACCAGACAGAAGGCAGACCAGCCCAGAAUCCCCAGAAAAGAACAGGACAGCAGAACAAGAAACAGACAGAACCAGACAGGAAAAACAGACAAGCAGACCCAAGGCAGACACCACAGAACAGACCAGACACAAACAGCCAGAACAGCAGACCAGACAGAACCACAGAAGAAACACACAGCAGAAAGACAGAACAUGACAGCAGAAGACACAGCAGAACAACACCAGACACCCCAUGUAACAGCACAGGACAGACCAGAGAAGCAGCAGAAACCAGCCAGAACAAGAACCCCAGCAGCAGACCAAGGACAAGAGAACAGAAACACCGCAGAAGACAGACAGAAAACCAGACAGAGAAAAAGCAGACCAGACAGACCCAGAAGAGACCAGAAAGCAGAAACAGGACAGCAGAACAGAAAGCAGAAGCAGACAGCCAGAACAGCCAGACAGCUACAGACAGAAAGCACAAGCCCCACCAGAAAACAAAAAAAAAAGACAAGCAAGGAACCAGACCAUCAGAAACCCAGAACAAGAAAAGACAGGAACCGACCAAACAGAUACAACCAAGAACAGAAACAGAGAACCAGGCAGAAGACAGACAGAGACAUCAGACACAGCCCAGGCCAGACAGCAGAAGCAGAGCAGGGAGAACAGCAGAACACCAGACCAGAACAAAGCAGAAAAGGAACGAAGACCCCGACACAGAAAGAAAACAAAGACAGAAAAGAACCAGAAAACCCCAGAACACAGCAGAAGAAAUCACAGCCCGCACACAGACAGCAGAACAGACACAGAAAGAACAAGAAACAGAAGAAACAGCAGCACCCAGCAGAAAAAGAACCCAACCAGACACAGAACAGCCCACAGAACCAGAAAAGAACCAGAAAGACAGAACAGAACAGACAGACAGAACAGAAAAAGAAGACAAGAAACAGACAGCAGAACCAGAAAGCAGAACCAGCCAGAAAGCACAGCAGCAGAAGAAACACAGAACAGCCAGCCAGACACAAACAGCAAGGAACAGCAAGAACAGCAGAAACAGAACAGACCCAGCCCCAGAACAGAAAGGGCCAGCAGAACCAGAAGAAAGCGCAGAAAGAACUAGGACCAAGAACACAGAACAGACAGAGCAACCCCAGUGUGGGGGGGCCCCGGGCACAGAGAAGAAGAAAGACCCCAGAACAGCAGACCGAAUUUGCACAGACACCAGGACAGCCCAGAACAGGGACAGAAAGAAGACAGAAAAACAGCCGCCAGUGUGUGACAGGAAGCAGCAGCCAGAACAGAACAGAAACGAGAAACCAGCAGACAGAGACCCAACAGAUCCAGACCACAGAAACAAGAAACAGAAAACCACAGAACAGACAGAAGAAGAAAAGCCCGAAAACAGAAAGAACACACCAGAACCCAGAAACUCAGACCAGAACUCAGAGACAGAAACACCAAGGAAGCCAGACAGACAGAGACAGACCCAGAGACGACCAGAACAGAACCAGACCCAGAAGUCAGACAGGAAAAGAACAGACAGCACAGAACAGACCAGCAACCAGACACAGAACCAGAAACUCCAGAACAGCAGAAACCAGACCCAGAACGCAGAACCAGACAGCGAAGACAGAGCAACAGCACAAGAGAACCACAGACCCAGAAACAGAAGAACAAGCACCACACAGCAGAGACACACCAGACAGAACCCAGCCAAGCAGAACCCCCCCCAGGAAAACCAGAACACAGAACAGAAACAGACAGGACAAAGAAUCAGACAGCAGACAGCACCCAGACAGAAGAACACAGACAGCCCCACAGAACAGAACCAGCAAGAACCAGAAAACAGAAAACCAGACACAGAACCAGAAACACAGCCAGAAAGCAGCCAGAACACACCAGAGCAACAGCAGACAGAACAGACCAGAAAGAACUCACAGAAACAGGACAGAAACAACCAGCAGAAGCAGACAGAAACACCAGAAACAACAGACACAGACAGAACCCCAGAAAGAAAGACACCAGAACCACCACCAGCAGAAGAAGACCACAGACAGGGAAAGACAGACAGAACACCCCCCAGCAGAACACAGAGAACAGAACCCAGAAACAGCAGACCCCAGACCCCAGACAGAAGACAGACCAGCAGACCAGAACAGACAGACACAGAAACAGAAACACAGACCCAGCAGAAACAGCCACAGAAGAAGAGCCAGAAGAAACCCACAGACAGAAGACACAGCAGACAGAAGAAGUGGGUUUUGGUAAAGAAAACAGACCAGACCGAACAGACAGACCCAGACCAGAACAGAAAGAAAAAGGCAAACAGCAGACCAGACAGACAGCCAGCAGACAGACCACAGAGCCAGAACAGAAGAAAACCAGGAUUAGAUAAACCAGAACCAGGAAACCCAGACAGCCCAGACCCAGCAGACAGAACAGACCAGAGACAGAACUUUGUGCCAGACAGCCCAGACAGAGCAGAAGGCGAGACAGCAGAACAGCGAAUGGUGGUGUUUGGGUGUGUUGCAGACAAAGAACAUGCAGACACAGAACAGCAGCAGACAGCAGCAGAAGCAGAACAGAAAAGCCAGAAACAGCAGAGCCAGACCAGACCACCAAGCACAGGAACAAAGACAGAAACAGAGAGAACAGCAGCCAUGAACGAAGAACAGCAGCACAGAAAGAAGAAACAGAAACAGAAAACCAGAAACCACAGCAGACACCCAGACCACAGAACAGAACAGGAGAACAGACAGAACCAGACAGCCAGAAGACAGGAACAGAGACAGCAGACACCAAGAAAAUCCAGAAGCCACCACUCAGCAGCAGACAGACCAGAACCAGCCAAGAACCAGAAACAUAAGCAAGGACAGAAACAGAAACAGCCACAGAAACAGAAAAGACCAGGCACAGAAAACCAGCAGCACACAGAACCAAGAAACAGAAACCAGAGAACCAGACAGCAGAAAGAACCUAGACAAGAACACAGAACACACCAGGAACCAGGCAGAACAGACCACAGACAGACAGGAAGAACAGAAGAAACCAGGACACAGAAGAACAGACCAGACCACAUGCACCAGCAGGACAGACCAGACCAGCACCACAGAACCACCCAGAUAGCCCAGACAGAAACCACCACACCAGCACACACCCAGCCAGAAAAGAACAGACCCCCCCAGACGCCAGCCCACCACAGACAGCAGACACAGCAGCACCAGAACAAGCCAGACAGACAGAAACAGGAACCCAGCAAGAACAGACCCAGAAAGAAGAGGGUGGGCAGACCAGACCAGAAAGAACAGAAACACAGAAAGCCAGAACAGACAGACACGGCCACAGAAAACAGCCACCAGAACAGAAACAGAAGAACCCCCAAGAACAGACUAGACCCAGAAAGAAACACAGCAGAGCAAGACACACAGAAAUCAGACAGAUCCAGAAACAGCAAGGGGGGGAAAAAAAAGACAGAACAGACAGGAAAGAACCAAGAAAGCCAGCACCAGACCACAGAACAGAAAGCCAGAAACCCAGAACAGAACAGACAAGAACAGAACGAUGGCAGAAAUGAAAACAGACCAGCAGAAACCAGCACAGAAACCCACAGAACCAGACAGCAGCAGCAGGAGAACAGACAGAACAGCCAGACCAGAAAACACCAGAGACCAGACAAGAACAGCACAGCAGAAGAAAGAAAGAACAGGACAGAAGCAGACCAGAAGGAACAGACAGAAACCAGAACUAGAACAGACCCAGAAACAGAACAGGAAAACCAGACACAGAACACAGAACAGGACAAGACAAGAAGCCAGAAACAGCCCCAGCACCAGAGACAGAAAACCACCAGAACCCAGAGCCAAGCCACAGAAAAGAAGAGACCAGACAAGGAAAAGCAGAAGGAAACAGAAGAUCCAGAACCAGCAGACCAGACAGAACAGAAGAAACAGAAAACACAGAAACAAGAAACCAAGACAGAAAGAACAGCAGAAACAGCACUAGAAGACACAGACGAAGGACAUGAACCAGAACAGAACAGACAGACGAGAACAGAACCCAGAACCAGAACAGAAGAGACACAGAACCCACAGAACAGCCAGAACAGGACAGAGCCAGACCAGAAACCAGACGAAGAACAGAACCAGAACACAGAACAGAACCAGACAGACAGGCAGAAGCACAGAGCAGCAAGAACCAGACCAGAGAAGAAAGAGAAAGCAGACACAGACCCCAGACACAGAAAGAAACAGAAAGCCAAGAACACCCAGACCCAGAACAGAAAAGGACCCACAGAACACAGACAGAAACCAGACCCAGACCAGAAACAGCAGACAGACCAAACAGAAAACAAGACAGCACGACAGAACCAAGAACAGAAACAGAAAGAAACCAGAAAGAAUGAACCAGACAGCAAGACCAGACAAGACCCAGAACAGGAACAGACCAACCCGACAGAACAGACAGGCAGGACAGAAGACAGAACAAGCCCAGACCAGAAAACGAGAGCAGAAGACAGAACAGAAGACCAGCACCCCAGAACAAGAAGAAAACAGACCAGACAGACAGAACACCCCAGGAUCCAGCCAGAAGAAACAGACAGAGAAACAGAAACAGAACCCGGCCCAGAGACAGAACAGAAAGAACCAGAUACAUACCCCAGAGACCCCCAGAAGACAGACAGACACCAGAAAGAACACAGAAGAAAAUCAGACCAGAGAAACCAAGAACAGACACCAGGACAGACACAGAAAAGGACAGCAGACAGACACCAGCCAAGACGGAAACAGACAGCAGGACAGACAGCCACCAGACAGAAGAAACAGACCCCAGAAGAAAGAAAACAGCCAGCAAGAAGCACAUUUGGUGCAGAAGACCAGAGAAAACAGAAACAGAACCCACAGCUCAGACAGAACAGAAAACAGAAACAGCAGACCAGCAGAAGAAAGGACAGACAGAAGAAAGAACAGAAGAAACAGAACCAGACAGACAAGAAACAGGACCCCAAGAAACAGACAGAACAGAACACACAAAGAAGAGACCCCCCAGACGAACAGAACAGAACCAGCCCAGAGCAGCACACAGACCAGACAGAAACAGACCAGAACAGAAAGAAGAGAAGAACAGCCCAGACGAAAAGACGCAGAAAAGAACCAGAAGCAGAACAGAGAACAGACAGACAGAAUUUUGGUUCAGAAACCAGCCACAGGGAACAGAAAAGAACAGCAGAAACCACCAAGAAGAAGAAAGAAAGACCAGAAAAGAAGAAAAGCCAGACAGAACAGAACCACAACCAGAAACAGAACCAGACACACAAGGACAGACAGGAAACCCCCAGAACAGACAGAACAAAAACACAGCAGAAACCAGACACAGCACAGAGAACAGAAUAGACCCCAGAACAGAAAGCAGACAGAGAGCAGCCAGAGAACACAGCCAGAACCAACCCAGAACUGAGUCCGGUCAGAGAGAAACAGAACAGGAAACCAGAACCAGAUACAGAACAGAAGCCAGACCAGAUCCAGAAACACCAGACAAGACCCAGAAGCCACAGCAGCAGAAACCAGGACGACAGACCAGAACACAGAGCACAGCAGACAGCAAGCACACAGGAACAAGAAGAGAACAGAAAGACAGGGAACCGAACGAACCAGAAAGAACCAGACCCAGACCCAGAAAAGAAAGAGACCCCAGAACAGCAGGAACAGGACAGACAGCAGAACCCAGAAAGCAGAAACGAACCAGCACACCAGACACCAGACAGAAACCACAGGAAGCCCAGACAGACAGACAAGACAGAACACCAGAGAACACCAGACCCAGACAGAGAACCAGAAACAGAGAAAGCAGACAAGCAGCAGAACCCACACACAGAAAGAAACAGAACAAGACAGACACCAGACACAGAACCCACCAGAACAGAACCAGAACAGAAACCCAGAAAGGACAGAGCCACCCAGAAAGAACACAGAAGAGGACUGGGGUCCAGCCAGAAACAGCCAGACCAGACCAAGAAACAGAGCACAGAAAGAGAGACAGACAGCCCACACACAGACACCAGACCCACAGACAGAACACCAGCAGACAGACCCAGACACCAGACAGAGAAACAGGAACAGAAACCAGAAAGAAAGCCAGAAACCAGCAGGAACAGAAACAGAAACAGACCAGAAACACCAGACAGCCAGCAGAACCCCAGCCAGCACAGAAACCCACAGACACCACCAGACCAGACAGAACCAGAACAGCAGAACAACCACAGACUGUGUUGGUUUUGGGUUUCACCAGAACAGAACAGACAGAACACAGAAGACAGAACAGAAAACAGACCCACAGCAGACACAGACCGACCAGAAACCAGAACACAGAACCAAGCAAGAGACAAGGCACAGAGAAACCCCACCCCAGAACCCCAGAAACCACCAAGAAAGAAAAGAAACAGACCACCAGGCAGCAAGACCAGAACAGAGCACCAGACAGAAAGGAAAGAAAAGGACAGAACCAGAAAACCAGCAGAAAGAAAAGACAAGAACCAGAAAGAGAACACCAGCAGACAGAACCAGCUAGAACAGAACAGAACCAGAAGAACACAGACCAAGAAAGACAGACAGAACAGACAGAACAGACAGGCAGAACCACAAGAGCCCAGACAGAACAGACAGAACAAGACAGAAACCACCCAGAUACCAGACAGCCAAGAACGACCAGAAAAAGAAAGAAGACAGCAAGAACCCCACCAGACAACGACAGUACAGACGCAGAACCAGAGCAGAAACCACCAUGCAGAACAGACCCAGACAAAGCCAGAAAAGCCAGGAAAGAAAACCCAGACCACAGACGACAGAAACCAUGGUCAGCAGAAAGAAGCAGAACCCCAAACAGGAAAAGAAGACAGACCCAGCAGAAGCAAGAACAACCAGCCCAGACCAGAGCAGGAAAGAAAACAGCACCCAGACCAGAACAGAACAGCCAGCAGAACAGAAACAGCAGAACAGAAAGACAGACCAGACACAAAGACACAGCACCAGCUCAGACCCACCAGCAGAACAGAGAACAGCCAGAAACAGGAAAAGCCACCAAGAAACAGAACAGAAAAGAAACAGACCCAGAAGAACACAGAACAGAAAAGCAGAACAGAAUGGGCAGAAGACCCAGACAGAACGCCAGCAGCAGAACAGCCAUCAGAAAAGCAGAAAGAAAACAGAACAGAACCAGAAGACAGGCAGAAACAGGGACCCCCCACCCAGGACAGACACAGACAGAAAAGAACCGCAGAACACCACAGAAAGAACCAGAACCAGAAAAGAACAGACACAGAACAGAGACAGAAGCCACCAGACCCAGAGACCACAGCCCAGACAGGGGACAAUAGAAACACAGAACAGGAACCAGCGGAAACAGAGGGAAACCAGCAGACACAGAACCAGCCAGCCCAGAACAGACCACAGCCAGCCACACAGCAGACCCACAGAAGACAGGAAACCCGAAAAAGAACAGAAACCAGAACAGAACAAGACCCAAGAGCAGCCAGAAACCCCACCAGAACCAGAAGACCCAGAGAACUGAACCAGGAAAAAGGAAAGCACAUCCCACCCACAGACACAGAGAACCCAGAAACGAAAGAACCAGAACAGAACAGACAGAAAGAAAGCAGACCAGAACAGAACAGAAAGCCAGAAGAAACAGCAGAACAAGAACCAGAAACAGAAAAACAGAACAGAAAAGACAGAACAGAAACCCCGGGGGGCCACCAGACAGAACCAGAAAAGAACAGCAGCAGAACAGAUGGGCACACCCCCCAGGUCCAGAAGAACAGAAACACAGAACCAGAAACAGAAAAGAAAAGACAGACAGAGUGUUUCCCAGAAAGAACCAGUGAACCCACCAAGAAACAGAACCAGCAGAAAGAGGAAACAAGCACCAGGACAGAACACAGAACAGAGACCCAGCAGACCAGAAGACCAGCAGACCAGCAGCCAGAACAGCAGACAGAACAGAACAAGCAGACACAAGAACAGGAUGAAACCACACAGGUUUGGUACGACAGCAGCAGAAACAGCCAGAGACCCAGAAGCAGACCCAGACCAGACCAGAGACCAGCAGACCCAGAACAGAACCACCCAGAAACACCCAGAAAGGGGUUUGUCCAUAAGACUAGAAAAGAGGCCAGAAGAAGGGGCAGAACCAAGACCACAAGACAGACAGAAAAAGACACACAAAGCAGAACCCAGCCAGCCAGCAGCAGAAGCCAGCAGAAUCAGAAACAGACCCAGAGAACAGGCAGACAGACAGACAGGAUGGUGGCCAGGAACCAGACAGCCAGAAACCGAAAACCGAAACCAGAACACCAGACAGAAAAGAACAGGACAGGACCACAGAAGAAAAGCCACAGACACAGAACCCCCAGACCCCAGACAGAAGAAACAGAAACCAGACAGACCAGCAGAAACACCAGAACAGCAGAAGACAGAGAACACAGUGAAAGCAGAACCAGAACAGAAAACAGCAACCCACCCCAGAACAGAAAACAAGAAAGGCAGGACCACAAACAGCAAGAAAGAACAGGCAGACCAGCAGAAAGAAAAGCAGCCGCAAGACCCACCAGCCCAGAACCAGAACCAGAAAGAACAGAACAGAAACAAGAAACAAGCCAGAACAGCAGCAGGAAAAGAACAGAAGAAGAACAGGGACCACAGCACAAGAAAGAAGACGUAACAGAACCAGAAGAAACAGCCAGCAGACCAGAACCACAGACCAGCAGACCCAAGAGCAGACAGAGGAAGCAGCAGAAACCAGAAACCAGAACCAAGACAGAAGAAACAGAGAAGAAGAGAACCAGAAGAAGACGACCACCCAAGAAGACCAGAAAGACCGACCCAGACAGAAGCCAGAAACCCAAAGAACAGAAGAAACAGAAAAUCCCAGAUAAGAACCAGAACCAGCCACAGCAGAAAAGAACCCAGCAAGAAACAGAAACAGAACAGAAGAAACCAGCAGAGAGUCAAGAAGCACACACACACCAUGAACACCCAGAAACAGUCACACCACAGAGCAAGAAACAAGAAGGCCAGACAGAAAACAGAAAAGGAACAGAAAGAACACAAGACACAGACCAGACAACAGAACAGAAGAACAGAGAAACAGAAACCACAGCAGCCCAGACCAGAAAUUUGCCUCUUUGCCCAACCAGCAGCCAGCAGAACAGGACAAGAGAAAACACCAGACCCAGAACAGAAAACAACCAGGACAGAGGUUUGGGGGGUGGGUUUUGGCACAAGCCCCAGAACAGCAGAAGAACAGACAGAACCAGCCCAGGCACAGAACAAGACAGAACAGCCAGAACAGAACAAGCAGCAGAAACAGACCACAGAACAGAGAAACCACAGAAAACAGGACAGCAGAAAGAGCAGACACAGCAGCAGCCCACAAGACAGAAAGCAGACAGCAGAGACAGCACCAGGAAGCAGAACCAGUCAGAACAGACCAGAACAGAACAGCAAACAGCCAAGGACAGCAGAAACCAGAACAAGCACAUCAGAACCACAGAGGCAGAACAGAAAACAGAAAGACCGACAGACAGACAGACCAAGAAAGAACAGAAGCAGCAGAAAAGAAGAGAAACAGAAGUGCAGAACAUCAGAAACAGAACAGCAGAACAGAAGAUUGUCAGAAAAGCAGACCAGAAACAGGACGACAGAAAGCGCAGCCAGCCAGAGGACAGACAAGCCAGAAAGAAACAAAGAAAAGAAGCAGAAACAGAACAGCCCGCACAGACCGACAGAAACCAGAACACCAGAAGACAGCAGACCAGAACAGCACAGAACCAGAUACGGAGAACAGAAACAGAACACAGACCAGCCCAGAAAACCAGACACAGAACAGAAAGACAGAACCAGAAGAAACCCAGAACAGCAGACAGCAAGACAGACCAGAACCAGAACCAGCAGCCAGAAGAAAAAAGAGAAACAGAACAGAACAGAACAGAGACAGCAGAAAGAAGAAACCAGACAGCCGCACAGAAGCCAGAACAGAACCCAAGCAGACCAGCCAAGAACAGACCAGGGACCGGCCAAGCAGACCCAGACGCCCAGACAGAACAGCCAGAAAAACAGAACACACCCAGAACCAGACCCCAGAGAAAGAACCAGAAAAGACAGAAAAGAACCACCAGACACAGAACCCAGAACAGAAACCAGAACAAGAGAAAGAAGCAGACAGACAGACACCAACCCCAAAGAAAAGCCAAGAAACAGACCAGGACAGACAGACACAAGCAGCAGAACCAGAGAAACCAGUCCAGAGACACAGAGAAAACAGACAGAAAAAGAAGCAGACACAGACAGACAGAAACAGAAAAGAAAAGAAGGACCCCAGAGAGCAGACAGCCCCCAGACAGAACCA